UAAAUUUAUGAAAUAUUUAUUUAAAAUAACUCUUUAAAUCGCGCUUGAUAUUGUUAUACUGAGACCUAACUAGCCUUUUUAUCGUAUUACAGUUAAAAUAUUGUGAGUUCUUUUAUGAUCGCGUAGACUACUUCAUCAAGUACUUAGGAGUUCAGGACAACUCCUAAAAUUGCUCGGCAUUUUGUGAUCUGGAGAUUUGAAAUCGUUUCGCUUUGUCUCCGCUGGAUACUGACCCGACGGCAAAUAUGUCGGGUGACCACAAAACCUUGAUAAAAGGGAGCCCAUCCCAAUACGUGAAACUAAAUGUGGGCGGGACGUUAUUUUAUACCACCAUCGGAACCCUGACGAAGAGUGAUAACAUGCUCAGAACUAUGUUUAGUGGCAGGAUGGAAGUGCUUACUGACUCGGAGGGCUGGAUAUUGAUUGACCGCUGCGGGAAGCAUUUCGGUACAAUACUGAAUUACCUGCGCGACGGCACGGUGGCACUGCCGGACAGCUACCGCGAGAUCAUGGAGCUGCUGGCCGAAGCCAAGUACUUCCUCAUUGAAGAGCUGACAGAGUCCUGCCAGCAGGCAUUGCAGAAGAAAGAGAGGGAGGCUGAACCUAUAUGCAGAGUGCCCCUCAUCACAUCUCACAAGGAGGAGCAGCUGCUUAUCAUGUCUACUUCUAAGCCUGUUGUGAAGCUACUAAUAAAUCGUCAUAACAACAAGUACUCCUACACAAAUACGUCUGACGAUAAUCUGCUGAAGAACAUUGAACUGUUCGACAAACUCUCACUACGCUUUAGUGGAAGAGUGCUCUUCAUCAAAGAUGUCAUCGGCUCUAACGAAAUAUGUUGCUGGUCAUUCUUCGGACACGGCAAGAAAUGUGCUGAAGUGUGCUGCACAUCCAUUGUCUAUGCAACUGAUAAGAAGCACACAAAAGUGGAGUUCCCGGAGGCUAGGAUUUAUGAGGAAUCACUUGGCAUUUUGUUGUAUGAGAGCCGGAAUGGGCCGGAUCAGGACUUGAUACAAGCGACGUCGUCGCGGGGAGCGGUCGGCGGCCUGUCGUGCACCAGCGACGAGGAGGAAGAGCGCUCCGGGCUCGCGCGACUCAGAUCAAAUAAGCAGAAUAAUCAAUCUUAGCGGUUACAGUCUGGCUUGGCGCGCCUUCGUAGCUCUAAACGGACGAACGUCUGAUACCAAGCCGGGUUCUUCUUGCCCUUUUGCUGGCUGCCGUGCUUUGGUCUUUAGGAUGUUGUAAGCUGCGCCCGUCUUACGGGCCCUUUCUACACCUUGUGAGCUCUCUUUGAGAUGUGAAUGCAAUGAGGAAUGAAAGCAAAAGAGGCAAUUAUAUUCCAAAUAAACUGGCAAUUAUUUGAUGGACAACUUUCUGUGUCUACAUGUCUUUGUGUUUAGUGAAUAUAAUGUAUGAAGAAAUAGUAUGUGUUAUGAAAAUAUAGUGCAAAAAGUGACAUAGACUAUUAUAAUUAUUGUAAAGUCCAA